AUGGCUUCAUGUAGGAGGAAGGUAAAGGAAGAUGCCACUUUCUUUGAGGACGUCAAAGAUCACAUCGAUGAGUUCAUUCAUGCCUCCAUGGAUGAGCACAAGACCUGUUUCCAGAAGACCAUCAGCAAGAUGUUUGGAUUAUCCAAGGCUGUGGCUGAGAAGCAGCAGGGCGAGGAAGCCAAGGGAGUCGAGAGUCAGUUGCCUCUUCAAACCACAGUGUCGGAAUAA